CACUAAAUCACAAUCUAUUGCAAUCAAAUACUGCAUACUAUCUACACACAAACAAUGGAGAAAUUAACCAUGAUUGCCAUCAUCUUAUUGCUUGCAACUUUGACAGUGCCAACAUGGGGAAGGAUGGAAGACACCAAAAACGAGAAACAAGAAAUACUAGCUGAGGUGAAGAAGAUGGAAAUGGCACAAAAUUUUAAGGUUAUACCGGUGGUUGUAAAAGAAGAAGUGGUGGAAAUAGUGGAAGAGCCACCAAAGACGGAGAGGUUGCGCGGUUGCGCUGGAGUGGGUGAAAAUUGUGUAUUUGUCUCAUGCUGUCUGACUAGUGGUGCUGGAAAUCCUGUCAUGUGUUCGGAAGGUCCAUACAAUUCAGUUUGUGUUGAACUCUUUCCUCCUCCUUAUUGGCCUCAGAUGCUCAGAAAAUUUCUAAGAAUAUAAUUAAUUAAUGUGGUUUGUUUCAAAUAAAAUAAAUAUGCUUCUUGCAGUUUGUGAUCAAAAAAAAAAAAAAAAAAAAAAAGAAAAAGAGUGAAAGUUAAUUCUAAAUUAGCUUUUACUUAGCAAUUGGAAGCAAAACUGCAAGAGAGUUGUCUUAAUUUGUUUGAUGUUUCAUAUGUUGGUAAUUUGUUAUGCAUGGUUGUUAUAUACAUGUAUAUGCAACCUACAAAUGUAUACCUACUACUCUUUAUUAUCUUUGUGGAUCGU